GCGGUACCUUAGCUGCCUGGCUGCAAUUCUCCCCCCAGCUCUGCCACCUCGUCCCUCUAUUCCCUGCCCCCUUAAACAUCUGGAUUAUUACCCCCAGUGGCGUUCUCCGGCUUCGUAAGUGCCCAUCGGAAACAUCUUUGCACCCCCAUAACUCGUGGACUUUACAGCACAAGAAUCUGGAAGAUGUACAGCUUCAACACUCUGCGAUUCUACCUUUGGGAGACCAUUGUAUUCUUCAGCCUUGCUGCUUCCAAAGAGGCUGACGCUGCCCGCUCUGCACCCAAGCCUAUGUCACCCUCGGACUUCCUGGAUAAGCUUAUGGGAAGGACUUCUGGGUAUGAUGCCAGGAUCAGACCCAACUUUAAAGGUCCUCCUGUGAACGUGAGUUGCAACAUCUUCAUCAACAGCUUCGGUUCUAUCGCCGAGACAACCAUGGACUACAGGGUCAACAUCUUCCUGAGGCAGCAGUGGAACGACCCCCGUCUCGCCUACAAUGAAUAUCCUGACGACUCUCUGGACCUCGACCCGUCCAUGUUGGAUUCCAUCUGGAAGCCUGACUUGUUCUUUGCCAAUGAGAAGGGGGCCCACUUCCACGAGAUCACCACGGACAACAAGCUGCUGAGAAUCUCCCGGAAUGGCAACGUCCUCUACAGCAUCAGAAUCACCCUGACGCUGGCCUGCCCCAUGGACCUGAAGAAUUUCCCGAUGGAUGUACAGACGUGUAUCAUGCAACUGGAAAGCUUUGGUUAUACCAUGAACGACCUCAUCUUUGAGUGGCAAGAGCAAGGAGCUGUGCAGGUGGCAGACGGACUGACCCUGCCUCAGUUUAUCCUGAAGGAAGAGAAGGAUCUGAGAUACUGCACCAAGCACUACAACACAGGUAAAUUCACCUGCAUUGAGGCCCGAUUCCACCUGGAACGGCAGAUGGGCUACUACUUGAUCCAGAUGUACAUCCCCAGCCUGCUUAUCGUCAUCCUGUCCUGGAUCUCCUUCUGGAUCAACAUGGAUGCUGCACCAGCUCGUGUGGGACUGGGCAUCACCACAGUGCUCACCAUGACCACACAGAGCUCUGGCUCCCGAGCCUCCCUACCCAAGGUGUCCUACGUGAAAGCUAUUGACAUCUGGAUGGCUGUUUGCCUGCUCUUCGUGUUCUCUGCCCUGCUGGAAUAUGCCGCCGUCAACUUUGUGUCCCGGCAACACAAGGAACUCCUUCGAUUUAGGAGGAAGCGGCGACAUCACAAGGAUGAUGAGGGUGGAGAAGGCCGCUUCAACUUCUCCGCCUAUGGGAUGGGCCCAGCCUGCCUGCAGGCCAAGGAUGGCAUCUCUGUCAAGGGUGCCAACAACAACAACACCACGAACCCCGCUCCUGCACCGUCCAAGUCCCCGGAGGAGAUGCGGAAACUCUUCAUCCAGAGAGCCAAGAAGAUCGACAAAAUAUCUCGCAUCGGUUUCCCCAUGGCCUUCCUCAUCUUCAACAUGUUCUACUGGAUCAUCUACAAGAUCGUCCGGAGAGAGGACGUCCACAACAAGUGAAGGCUCUGGGACGGGGUGGGGGGGAGCUGGGAGAGGGUGGUGGGAGGAGCACAGAGGCUGGGAGCCAGGGGAGGAGGGAGAGAGGAAGAGAGGAAGAGCACACACCCAUCUCCCUCCACCAAGUGCAAUAGAAGCCACAAGGGUGGAUACAUCCAGGGUGUCGCAAUAUCCAUCUAGCCUCCAGGGGCGUGAGGUGGGAGGGCCUUUUCGAAUACAGCAACUGGGGACCAUGAGGGGUGGGACAGGGGUCAGGGAGGGGAUUGGGAAAAUCACAGCUUUCAAAAUUCAAGUCCAUUGGGUUGAGGGGGGUGGGGGGCUCCUGUUUGGAGGUCAGUGCUGCCUGCCCCAAAAACAGGAAGGCAGUGUAAUAUAUAUAUAACAUUUAACCAUGCUUAACAUUAAUGCAAAACCCACCAGAACAAAAGAUACGUCUCUUAAACCAGCCUAGUAACUGCUUAAACUUUUAAAGUCCCCAACGUGAUGGACAAUACUUCCCAGAGUAGAAAUGGACACGAAUAAGCUUGCUGUGGUCUAUGCUCCCAUCACGCCCUUACAAACGCCAUGUCUGUCUUUAAACUGACCCCCGUGGACACAUGCCCAAAAAAAAAAGCCAUCGCGCCUCUGCUUCGAGAGGGUCACGGACACAGACAUGGGUCGCGGAGACGGAUAAAGGUGGAUCUCCAGCAGGAAGUCACUAAAGAAGAGGCCCAUUGCAGAAGCCCACAGAUGGAGAACCCAGAAGACCCCACUGGGCGCCAAGCUUGCUCCUCUUGCUUCUGCGCUUCCGCACUGGCCCGACUCAGCGCCAGGCCUCUGGCCGUCAUGGUCUUCUCGUGUAUUACCAAUAUGCAAUCUUUUUUUAUUUAAAAAAAAAAGAGUAAUAAUCUCAAGAAAUAAUAUGGGGAGAGACUGAGUGUAAACCCAUGAACUUCUU